GAAAACAAAAAUAUUUACAAAUUUUCACCUCACGAAACGCACACUUUUUAAAAUUGGCCAGGAGCCAACAUACAUAGUUCUUUUUAUUUAUUGGUAAUUCAAUUGAAUAACAGAUGCGUUAAAACAAAGUCACUUUUGUCAUUGUAUUUGAAAAAAAAACAAGACGCCUGGGCUUAUAAAAUCAUAUACUCUUUCUUUGAAGUCUAAAAAUAUAGAAAAUCUUUUUGUAGAAAAAAUAUAUUUUUCGGUAUUUAAAAUUAGUCAUGAUAUUAACAACAACUUAUCGUCAUGAUUUCAAUCCCCCAUUGACUCAACGGUACAAUUUUAUAAAACCUCAACAAGAUGAAGAGACAAAUAAAAUUCAAACUUGUGACUGCAAUGUAGAAACUAAAAUUACACCACCAGCAUCUGCUGCUCUAGAUAAACAAUGUGGCGCUGUUGAAUGGAAUAGUAUGGCACCUGUGGGACGAUUAAUUGAACCACGUCUUAUACCUAGUCCUGGUCAAGAAUACACCAAUAAUAAAGCUGAUGGUUGCAAAUAUGAUCAACCAAAUCGAUUUCUUAAAAUUCUUCGAACAUGUUAUCCGGAUUUGUAUGAGAGAUUAAAGGCAACACCAACCAAAGAAUUAAAUCGUCAUUUGGAUGCGGAACGAUUGAAAACCACUUAUCAAAUUGACUACGGUAACGAAAAUGAAUAUCCUGUAGAUUUUUCAAAUUAUUUGGAUGAUACUGAAGAAAACAAAAAUAACAUAACUGAUGAACUUAAUGAAGAAGAACGUACUUGUGAUAAAUUCAAGAAUGAUUUGAUGAAUGAAAUACAUGACAAGACGAACAAAAGCGAUGAAUUUGACGAAUGCGUAAAGAAGUACAAACCAGUGAAAUAUACCUUUGCUGACAGUUCAAGAUUUAGCAGUUCGGGAAAUUUUUCACAUUGGGCAGCACCACCAUUGAUUAAGAAAACAACAUUUACCGAGUAUAUGGAUACGAUAAGCAAAACUGGAUGCAUAAUCAAGAAAAAUAACAUACACAGUCAUACCAAGUGCCAAAAAGGAAAGAACUGUAGACAUAAGUUGAUUCAUACUUGUCCACUUUUGAAAUGAAAUUUAAAGUAAAAUUUAAAUUGAAUAUA